CAGCGUCAGUGCGUCCCUCCCCACAAAUCAGAAAGCAGCCAUCUUUGAUCUUCGCAAGUCUCAACUAAACACCGGCGGUCGAACCAUUGAGAAUCGACUUCGCCGACUCCCAAUUCCGCUACUUCCGAUCGAUUCGAUUUCUGAAGCUGAGGAAGAAUCGAGAUUAAGAGAGAGAUGGCGAUGAGUCCGGCGGUGCUGAAGGCGGGGCUGGUGAUAGUUGGGCUGUGCAUAGCCGGGUACAUAGUGGGGCCGCCUCUAUACUGGCACUUCAUGGAGGGCUUAGCCGCCGUCUCCCACUCUUCUUCUUCCUCCUCUUCCGCUUGCCCUCCUUGCACCUGCGAUUGCUCUUCUCAGCCUCUCCUCUCCAUCCCCAUUGGACUCAGCAACAUUUCCCUUGCAGACUGUGCAAAGCAUGAUCCAGAGGUGAAUGAAGACACUGAGAAGAACUUUGUGGAUCUUUUGACCGAGGAGUUGAAGCUUAGGGAAGCUGAAGCUUUGGAAACUCAGCAACGAGCUGAUAUGGCUCUACUAGAGGCUAAAAAGAUUGCAUCCCAGUAUCAAAAGGAAGCAGACAAGUGCAGUUCAGGGAUGGAAACAUGUGAAGAAGCAAGGGAGAAAGCUGAAGCAACAUUAGAGGCGCAGCGGAAACAGACAGCAUUAUGGGAGCUCAGGGCUCGUCAGAGAGGGUGGAAAGAAGGGCUUACAAAGUCUAACACUCAGACGCAAGGAAAUGUCCAGACUGUGUAGAAAGCUCCAUAGCGUUUUUGGAACAACCAAAGGCUUCCUCUCUUGGUUAGUGAUAAACUUUUACUAGGUUAUUCUUCUUCACCUUAAAUUGUGCAUGCUAUACAAUCAAUUUCAUUUACCAAACUGAAUUAUUUGUAUUUACAGUUAAAAGUGUAGAGAACUUAGCUGUGUUAUCUAGCCUUCCAAAAUCAAUCGAUGUUGUGGCAAGAACCUUAAUCAUCGCAUUCUCCACCGAAUUAUAGUUGAAAGUUCCACUUGUAUGACUGAAACCAGAAAUUCUUCAUUGAAUGUCAGAGUAUCGAUGGUUGUCUAA